AAACAAAUGAUCCGAGAUCAUUGUCCCUGUGUAUUUGCAGGCGACGUUGGACCCGAUCGAUUGUGUUUCGGCCGAGCCCUCGAAAUUCUCGUAUCCUCGACAGAUCCCGGGUUUCUCCCAAAUCCUUCAAAACCACCGAGCCGGAGACCGGAAAUCAUCAUGUGCGACCAUUGCUCAAAGGUGACCAGUCAGAAGGGGUAUGCGGGCCAAGUGACGUGUAAAUGCGAACACGGAGACAAGAAGAACGGCGAAGGCAAGGAUAAGGACUACGGCGGAUGUUGCUCCAGGAAAGAGAGAAAGACAGUGGGCGGAUGUUGCGGCUCGAGCUGCUGUUCCGGGACACAGGACGAGGGCGGUUGUUGCUCGGGCGGCGCUGUACAGAAGGAAGCGAAAUAUUGUUGCUCGCAGGGGAAGUAGCAUCCCCGAAACAUCCUGACGGCAGCCUUGAAAGGGGCCAGGGAGGCGGCAGGAGGCUGCUGCAUGUCCGGCUGCUGCAAGGAUAAUAAACCGAAGCCGAAGGAAGAGGAACAAGCCCCGUCGAAAU